CCGACGCUACUAUACUCCAGCUUGCAGACGCGCACCGGCCACGGCCACCUACGUCUUAUAUAUUCUACUCCGCGCCCACCGGCAUUUCGUCAACCCGCGGCGCAUUUCGUCGGACGCGUCUAACGUAAACGAUCGAGCUUCCGGGGAUCGUCAUCAUGGCAGCCAUGGCGCCACCGAGCGCGCCUCCCGCCGAGGUGCCGUCCUACUUCCUCUGCCCGAUCUCGCUGCAGCUCAUGCGCGACCCGGUGACUCUCCCCACCGGCAUCUCCUACGACCGCGCCGCCAUCUCGCGCUGGCUCGCCUCGCCCGCCUCAAGCACCUGCCCCGUCACGCGCCAGCCGCUCGAGCCGGAGCUCCACCUCACGCCCAACGACACCCUGCGCCGCCUCAUCGGCUCCUGGAUCGCGACCCUCGCCCCCGGGUCUGGCCUCGACGAGGAGGAGGUGGCCGCGCUGCGGCCCCUGCACCGGGACGAGCUCGCGUCGCUGCUCUCCGACGCCGCCGCGGCCCAGGUCGGCGCGCUCAGGAAGCUGGGGGAGCUGGCGGCCGAGUCCGACCACAGGCGGGCAAUGCUGGAGUCCCAGGACGGGGUGUUCGACGUGCUGUCCCGCGUGCUCACCGGCGACAGCGCCUGCUCCACGGCGCGGGAGGAGGCCGUCGGGGUCCUCGCGUCGCUCCGGAUCCCGGAGCAGGACCUGGCCCGCAUCGUGUCCAGGCACGGCAACCUGGCAUCGUCCCUCACUGCCGUGCUCCGCUCGUCGAACCUGCAGUCGCGGGCGCAGGCCGUGCGGCUCGUGAGGGCACUCGCGGACGUGGCCGUGCCGGCAUGGGUGAUCGGGCUGGAGCUGGAGCUCCUCGCCGAGGUGAUCCGCGUGGUCCGCGACCGCGUCUCCACCCGCGCGACCAAGGCGGCGCUCCACGCGCUCUCCGCGCUGUGCCCCUACGGCAGGAACCGCGUCAAGAUCGUCGGCGCCGGCGCGGUGCCGGCUCUCGUGGAGCUGCUGCUAGACGAGCCCGAGAGGCGGGUCUGCGAGCUCGCGUUGGCCGUGCUGGACCGGCUGUGCACGUGCGCCGAGGGGCGUGCCGAGCUGGUGGCGCACGCCGCGGGCGUGGCGGUGGUGGGCAAGAAGGUGCUACGGGUCUCCGAGGCGGCGAGCGAGCGCGCGGUGCGCGUGCUCCGGUCCGUGGUCCGGCACGCGGCGACGCCCGCCGUGCUGCAGGAGAUGGCGCAGUCCGGCGUCGUGGGCAAGCUGUGCCUGGCGCUGCGGUCGGAGCUGUGCGGGGUGAAGACCAAGGAGAAGGUGCACGAGAUGCUCAAGCUGCACUCCAGGGUUUGGAGGAGCUCGCCUUGCUUGUCUCCCAAGUUCUUGGCGCUCUACCCUUCAUGACGAUCGAUCAAUUCCUCCCGUUUUGUUCGUCAGAAACGCAGCUGUUCAUUCAUUCUUUUCUUGUUGUUGCUACAUUUUUCUUUCAAAUUACUUGGAUCCCGAGGGUACUAUUUCGUGCCUAACAGAAGAGAAAUACACAAAGGCGUACUGACCUUCUUUGGUUGCUCA